CCGGGUUCUUGCCUCCCAGACGCUGUUGCUCCUCGGCCCGCCCCCGGAGCGCGAGGACUGGUGCCCGGGCCGGGGUCUAUCGGGAAGAUGGCGACCCCGGGCAUGAGCUGGCAGCAGCACUAUUACGGCGGCCCGGCGGCCGGAGCGGCCAAAUUCGCGCCCUCUCCGGCCGCCGCGCAGCAGGCGGGGCACAGCAUGGACUACAGCCAGGACCUGCACCUGAAAAUGAGCAAGAAAAUCGCCCAGCUCACCAAGGUAAUAUAUGCUUUAAAUACUAAAAAUGAUGAGCAUGAAUCUGCAAUUCAGGCCCUCAAAGAUGCUCAUGAAGAAGAAAUCCAACAGAUUCUUGCAGAAACAAGAGAAAAAAUAUUGCAAUAUAAAAGCAAAGUAACAGAGGAGUUAGACCUGAAGAGAAAGAUUCAGGUUUUAGAAGCAUCAUUAGAAGACCACAUAAAAAUGAAGCAGCAGGCUUUGACAGAAUUUGAAGCUUAUAAGCACAGAGUUGAGGACAUGCAACUUUGUGCAGAAGCCCAGCAUGUCCAACGCAUAGUAACCAUGUCUAGAGAGGUUGAAGAGAUCAGAAGGAAAUUUGAGGAAAGAUUACGGAGUUUUGGGCAACUCCAAGUACAGUUUGAAAAAGACAAACGGUUGGCAUUGGAAGAUUUGCGAACUGCUCAUAGACGGGAAAUCCAAGAGCUGUUGAAGUCCCAGCAGGAUCACAGUGCCUCGGUCAGUAAAGGGCAGGAGAAGGCAGAGGAACUGCACAGGGUGGAGGUGGAGACAUUAAACAAAACACUGGAGGAGCUAAGACUUGAACGGAAAAAGCUAAUUGAGGAUUAUGAAGGCAAGUUGAAUAAAGCUCAGUCCUUUUAUGAGCACGAGCUUGAUACUUUGAAAAGGUCACAGCUUUUUACAGCAGAAAGCCUCCAGGCUAGCAAAGAAAAGGAAGCUGAUCUUAGAAAAGAAUUUCAGGGACAAGAAGCAAUUUUAAGAAAAACUAUAGGAAAAUUGAAGACAGAGUUACAGAUGGUACAGGAUGAAGCUGGAAGUCUUCGCGACAAAUGCCAAAAGCUUCAGAUAGCACUUGUUACAGCAGAGAACAAUGUUCAGGUUCUUCAAAAACAGCUUGAUGAUGCCAAGGAGGGAGAGAUGGACUUACUAAGCAAGCAUAAGGAAGUGGAAAGUGAGCUAGCAGCGGCCAGAGAACGUUUACAACAACAGGCUUCAGACCUUGUCCUCAAAGCUAGUCAUAUUGGAAUGCUUCAAGCGACUCAGAUGACCCAAGAGGUUACAAUUAAAGAUCUAGAAUCAGAAAAAUCAAGAACCAACGAGAGAUUAUCUCAGCUUGAAGAAGAAAGAGCUUUUUUGCAAAGCAAAACUCAGAGUCUGGAUGAAGAGCAGAGGCAGCAGAUUUUGGAACUAGAGAAGAAAGUAAAUGAAGCAAAGAAAACUCAGCAAGAAUAUUAUGAGAUGGAGCUAAAAAAUCUGCAAAAUAGAUUGGAAGGAGAGGUUGCUCAAUUAAAUGAGGCUCAUUCUAAGACUUUGGAAGAAUUAGCUUGGAAGCACCACAUGGCAAUUGAAGCUGUCCACAGUAAUGCAGUUAAGGAUAAGAAAAAACUACAAGUGGAAUUAGAGGAACAGUAUAAAAAGGAGAAACUAAACCUGGAAGAGGAUAAAAGUCAACUUCAACGAGAGCUGGAGAACUUGAAGGAAGAGCUGGAAGACAAGCUGAAUACAGCCAAUCAAGAGAUUGGCCGCCUCCAAGAUCUGGUAAGGAAAAGUGAACAAGGUCUUGGCUCUGCAGAAGGACUCAUUGCUAGUCUUCAGGACUCCCAGGAAAGACUUCAAAAUGAGCUCGAUUUGACUAAAGGCAGGCUGAAGGAGACCAAGGAUGCGCUACUGAAUGUUGAGGGUGAGCUAGAACAAGAAAGACAACAGCAUGAAGAAACGCUUGCUGUCAUGAAAGAGGAAGAGAAGCUCAGAGUGGACAGAAUGGCCCAUGACUUGGAAGUAAAAUGGACUGAAAACCUUAGACAAGAGUGUUCUAAACUUCGUGAAGAGUUAAGACUACAACAUGAAGAGGAUAAGAAGUCAGCAAUGUCUCAACUUUUGCAAUUAAAAGAGAGAGAGAAAAAUGCAGCCAGGGAUUCAUGGCAGAAGAAAGUAGAAGAUCUCUUAAACCAGAUUUCCUUGCUGAAACAGAAUCUGGAGAUGCAGCUUUCCCAGUCUCAGACUUCUUUGCAGCAACUGCAAGCCCAGUUCACACAAGAGCGACAACGACUUACACAAGAGCUUGAAGAAUUAGAGGAACAACAUCAACAGAGACAUAAAUCUUUGAAAGAAGCACAUGUCCUUGCAUUUCAAACUAUGGAAGAAGAAAAGGAAAAGGAACAAAGAGCUCUUGAAAAUCACUUACAACAAAAACAUUCUGCAGAGCUUCAGUCAUUAAAAGAUGCACAUAGAGAGUCAAUGGAGGGCUUCCGGAUAGAAAUGGAACAGGAACUUCAGACUCUUCGGUUUGAAUUAGAAGAUGAAGGAAAGGCUAUGCUUGCUUCCUUACGAUCAGAACUAAACCAUCAACAUGCGGCUGCAAUUGAUUUGUUACGGCACAGUCAUCAUCAAGAAUUGGCAGCUGCUAAAAUGGAAUUAGAGCGAAGCGUAGAUAUUAGCAGAAGACAGAGUAAGGAACAUAUGUGUAGAAUAACAGAUCUACAAGAGGAAUUAAGGCACAGAGAGCAUCACAUCUCAGACUUGGAUAAGGAGGUACAGCACCUUCAUGAAAAUAUAAGUGCCCUAACCAAAGAAUUGGAAUUUAAGGGGAAAGAAAUUCUCAGAAUACGAAGUGAAUCUAACCAACAGAUGAGGUUGCAUGAACAAGAUUUAAACAAGAGACUUGAAAAAGAGCUGGAUGUCAUGACAGCAGACCACCUCAGAGAGAAAAAUAUCAUGCGGGCAGAUUUUAAUAAGACUAACGAGCUACUCAAGGAAAUAAAUGCAGCUUUACAAGUGUCACUAGAAGAAAUGGAAGAAAAAUAUCUAAUGAGAGAAUCAAAACCAGAAGAUAUACAGAUGAUUACAGAAUUAAAAGCCAUGCUUACAGAAAGAGACCAAGUCAUAAAGAAACUAAUUGAGGAUAAUAAAUUUUAUCAGCUGGAAUUAGUCAAUCGAGAAACUAACUUCAACAAAAUGUUUAACUCAAGCCCUUCUGUUGGUGUUAUUAAUCCAUUGACUAAGGGACUAUCCUCACAUGUAUUAUUUUUAAUGCAGCAAAAGAAGAAGAAUGAUAAAUCACCAACAAACAGGUUUGUGAGUGUUCCCAAUCUAAGUGCUCUGGAAUCUGGUGGAGUGGGCAACGGACAUCCUAACCGCCUGGCUCCCAUUCCUAAUUCUCCAGUCCACGAUACCGAGUUCAACAGCAGCAAACCACUUCCACAGCCAGUGCCACCUAAAGAGCCCAAGACAUUUUUGAGUCCUCCUCAGAGUGAAGCUUCCCCGGUGGCUUCUCCCGAUCCCCAGCGCCAGGAGUGGUUUGCCCGGUACUUCACGUUCUGAAAGAGUAGUGUUGGCAACAGCUCUGUGUGGACUGUUCCUAAGAGCAUGACCUUAUACAGACCAUUAUGUGAACAGGCUUUCCUAUGUCAGACACUGUGAAUGAGAAAGUAUUUGUCUCUCCAAUUUGCAAAUACACUAUUUCCUGUGAUAUUUACUGGAAUCACUCUACUAUAUUAUGUGUGUAAUUAUAACAGUUAUUUUUAUUUGAGAUGGAAGAGUCUUUAACCUUUGUAAUUACUGCAUAAUAAAUUUUGUUAG